ACCACCGCGUCAUGGAGACGGCACCACUCACUCUUGCACAUGCCCAUGCGCGCAACGCUUCCGCCGAGACGUGGAAGGCCAACUCGUCGCAAGCCUCCGAUGAGCACCAGCAGGCUGCCGGCGAGUUCUCCAAAGCCGCCAAAGACACCGGCGAUGCCGAGGCCCUACGCAUACUGCGCCUGCUCGAGAGCCAUCAUCACCGGCUGGCAAGCAUCAUCAGCUCCAAGACCGCCUCUGCUCCGACCGCACCCCAACCCGAACCGUCGCAAGACGCGCCCUCGCCCGACGUUGCUCCCCCGGCUGCUGCCACCCCCGCAGCUCAGACUUUGUCGCCCAAGAGAAACCCACAUUCGCCGAACAAGGCCGCGCCGCGCCGCAAGCCGCUGCGUGAUUCAACCUCUUCGAUUGCCAGCAAUCUAGCGACUGCCCGCGGCAUUCCUGGCUCCCAGCGUCGACCGGCAGCCCCAGCCAUAUCCGUGCAAAAUGCGGACGGUAGGAUAUUCAACAGGGCGGACAGAUCCGUCGCCCAUGAUGCCAGGAGAGAGGGAGCACACCACAUGGCCAAAGCCGCCGCGGAUGCUAGCUCGUCUCCGCAGGCCAGCAGGGCCACAGAGGGCGAAACUUCUAUGGACAGGCCAAGCAAGUCAGACGAAGGAUUUAAACGCUUCUUCUCCACUUUUGAGACCGUUUAUUCUGCUCUUUCCGCUCCUCUAGCUUUCGCGGGUCUUCCUCUGAUGGCUGAGGAGACCCCUCAACCACCUGCACCCCAGAAACUCGCUGCAAGAUCAUCGGUCAAACACCCUUCCAUAAGCAUCAAAGAUGGCGCAAAUGUUAAAUCAGAAUCCAACCCAGAUCCCUCAACUUUUCUCUCCAAGGCUACAUUGAAAGCUCUCGAAGGGACACCAGGAAGUAAUUUCGGCCGCCCUGCCGAAAGCUUUUAUGUAGUGCCAACCACGGGCGGUACAGUUUCGUACGCCGGUAUACUGAACCACAGCGGCAGCCAGGGCCAUAACAUGCCCUCGCCCAUUAUUGAAGAAGAAGGCUCCUUUGAAGGCGACGAAUUUGUAGAUGCCAACGAGGAGCCUGCGCCCCCUUCGCCUAAAGCUUCUCGCACCGGCCAUCGGACACGACCCGGAUCGGCUGGUAGUGCUGCUGCCGCCGGAGGAGAAGUGGUCCGAGCCAACACAGGAGGUAAGAAGACGAUGGAAGAGCUGGAGCUAGAGAACAACAUGAUGCGCCAGCUCCUCGACAAGCUCAGCAAGAGACUGCACAUGUGGGAGGCGUCGUCUCAGUCGCAAUCUCUUGCACUGGCGCAGAGCUUCCGGGCUCAGCGACCGUCGCAAGCGUCGCCGCCCACGGUUGGAGGUAGCAAUCAGUCUGACACUAACAUGGAGCAACGGCUGCGGGAGCUGGAGAUCUUGGUGGAGUCAAUGGCACGCGAGAAGGAGCUCACGGAGCGGGAGAACGAAAAGGUGACUCGGGAGAACGAGAAGCUGUUGAGCGUGCUUGGCAGGUACCGGGAGAAGUGGGAGGUACUGAAGGCCGGGGCGCGCGGGAGGCGAGAGCGGGGCACAAACGGCGGGAAUGGCGCAGUCGGCAACACGAGCGGCGGGGCAGUUGAGGCUGAGGUGGGUGGGGGUGGUGGUGUGGACGAGUGAGGGACGAGGAAAGGUCUUCCAAAUAUAGUAGCCUUUUACCACGUAGUGUACUAAGCCCGCCGGCUGUACCUAGUACAGCACCUAGCGUUGCUGGCGAUCGGCGGCGGGAGGGUCGCAGGGUGUUUUGGAAACGAUCGAUACUCUGAUACCUAGAUAGCCCGCAACCAGCCGCCCACCUCUGCGCCCAUAGCAACGCCGCAUUCCCACCUGCAGCGGCUUCUACAGAGCCGGCUGCCGGCCGGAGCACAG